AUGAAGCCAUCCACCUUCCUGGCCUUUCUCGCCCCAGCCGCCGUCCUCGCAGACUCACAACAACCCGCAGACGCCAGCCUCUCCUCCGAUUUCGCGCACAACUCCCCCGCCGUCUCAUUACCAGAACUUCCCCGGGAGCAGUUCGCUCCGUUUACGGACCGCGAUCUGCCCUCCGAUGAGAUGCGCUUGCUCGCUGCUCGCUAUGUCCUCCAGGCGCGCAGUGAGGGUUCCCUCGGCCAAACACCGUGGAUUGGUAUGGCUAUCGGGUUGACCUUUACUGCUCUGGCGGCUGUGAUGCUGGGGUGA